AUGGAGACCUCCGACAACACCGCGACGAGCUCGCCCGCGCCCUCGUCAUCCGCUGCGACCACCGCGCGUAGGUCCGGACGCGUCACCAAGCCGCCCGCCAAGUAUGUGCCCGAAGUUCCUGUUGCCACGAAGCGCAAACGCGCUGCCGAUGCCGAUAAUGACGACGACGUCGAGAACGAAUCGCCCGACGACGCCGACGGCCUGAGCGAACUUGACGCCGACGACGACGAUGCCAACGACCCCGACCACGAUGAUCCCGAGGCCUCGUCGCGCCGCUCUUCCAAGAAGAAGAGGAAGCCCUCCGCGUCGCAGUCGUCUAAGCCGAGGAAACCCGCGUUGAAGAAGCCCAAGGUUAAUGGCGAUGCCCCGGCGGCGACGCCAGCUAUUACUACCACCAGGCUUGUUAGCAGGCCGAAGAAGACGGUUCGCAUCGCUGCCAUUGCUCGCGGCGAUGCAGAGGGGCUCUAUGGUCCGUCCAACAUCUUUACCUCGGGCGACUCGUCCGACAAGGUCGCGACGGAUUGGUUUCACCAGUAUAGGGCCAACGAUACCGCUGCUGUGGCCGACCUUGUCAACUGCAUCCUGCUGGCGGCUGGAUGCGACCAAAAGGUCACUGAAGACGACAUUCGCGACCCCGAGAACUGCUCCAAUAGGCUAGCCGAGCUCCAAAAUGUCUACACUGAGGAGGGAAUCACCGACUACCCCCUCAUCUCCAAAGAAAAGUCCAGCAAGUCCUUCCGCGAGCUGCUGGUCGGCUUCUUCCGGUCGCUCGUCACCAUCCUGCACGAGACCGACGUGCUGUACACGGACAGCGCCCUGAUGGAAAACAUCGCGCGCUGGGUCGCGUCCAUGUCGUCAUCAACCCUGCGGCCCUUCCGGCACACUGCCACCACCGUCGCGCUCUCCAUGGAGGCUGCCCUCGUGGAAGUCGCUAAGACGCUGGACGCCCGCAUCAGCAAGAUCGCCGCUCAGGUCGACGCUGAGAAGAACCGCAAGGGCAAGAACAAGGAGAGGUUGGCUGAAUUCCAGAAGAGCUUGACCCAGGCUGAGCAGUACCGUCAGAUCUGCCAGGACCAAAUUACGGAUUUCUUCGAGACUGUUUUUGUCCAUCGUUAUCGCGAUAUUGACGCGAAGAUCCGGACAGAGUGUGUCGAGGCCCUCGGGACAUGGAUUUGGACGCUGCCCGAUUUCUUCAUGGAGCCGGAGUACCUGCGCUACCUGGGCUGGAUGUUGUCGGAUAUUGUCCCGCAGACACGACUCGAAGUUCUGAAGCAGCUGGCUCGCAUUCUGAAGCGCGACGCCUCGAAACUGGGACACUUCAUUGAUCGGUUUCGUCCACGCCUCGUCGAGAUGGCCACGAAAGACGCCGACGUCAACGUCCGUGUUGCUGCUGUUUCGGUCAUGCAAAUCCUGAAGGGCAGCGGCAUGCUGGAACCUGAUGAGAUCGAUUCCGUCGGCCGGCUGAUUUUUGAUUCGGAGCUGCGUAUCCGGAAGGCUACUGUCGAGUUCUUUGCUGGUUGUGUCAACGACUUGAUCGAGUCCAAGGUCGAGGAUCUUGGCGGUGAUGAUGCUAUUGAUGAGAUGCUGGGCGAGGAUCCUGGGGACGACUACCUGUCUCCUCGCAGGGAAUGGAUCAUGGUCAAGUGUUUGGCCGAGCUGCUGGCUGCGUAUGAUGCGCAGCUCGAGGAGGAGAACAAGACGCAAUCACCCCGCGGUCUGGAUAUUGCCGUUGAAAUGGUUCAGGCCGCGCCGCCUGAGACGCGCAUCUCGAUGGCCUCGCAAGUCUUGUUUGAGUAUGUUGAGGAGGUCAAGAAGUGGGAGCUGCUUGCCGGCUAUCUGCUCUAUGACCACACCACGAGCACAAAGUCCAAGUCAUCCUCGUCCAAGAAGGUAUCAAGCGAAGAGGCUCUGAAGAAUGCCAUGGCCCCCGAGGGCAAGGAGGAGACCGUCCUCCUCGAGGUUUUGGUGACUUCCGUCAGGUUAAGCCUAGCAUCAGGCAAGCAACGGGGCGAUGGCGGCGAUGACGACACCGUCGUCCAUCUCGCCAACAUCAUGCCCCGCUUACUCAGCAAAUAUGGCGCGGAAGCCAGCACCGCGGUGCUCGUUCUGCGGCUGAGCCACUCCCUGCCUCUUGAUGUGUUCCAGCAGCUGCGCCAGGACGCGACCACGUUCAAACGGCUGCUGGGCGACAUCUCGAGCCAGUUCGUCCGGCAUGUCGAUAGAGGCGUCAUUGCCGAGGCGACCGCGGCGCUGCUGCACGCCCGCAAGUACGACGAGCUACGCGAGACGACCGACGAGGAGAUUGCCAACCUUUGGGAGAAUUUCGUCAACGCCCUGAGGAACAUCGACAAGCAGCGCGACCUCGGCGUCCGCGCCAACAUGACGCUCUCCGGCAUCACGCAGUUCGGCAAUGUCCUCCUCAAGCUCAGCAAGCUCGCAUCCAUCGCCGAUUGCGUUGACAUCCUCGAAGCAGAAAGCACAAACGACGACUCCCAACGCCCACUCAUCGAGCUCCUUAUCAAAGCCGUCCACCGCGGUAAACUCGACCAAGUCGACGAGGAACUCGACGACCUCGAAGACGAAGCCGUCUCCUACGCCGUCCAAGCCAGCCACUUCUACUUCAUGUGGAAGGUCCGUUCCCUCAUCUCCUCCAUCAACACCCGUGCGGAAAUUACCGCCCUGACUAUCGAGCAACUCGCCAUCCUCCGCAAAUCCUUCGCCAACAACCUCAUCUGGACGCUCUCCUCGCGCGGCACGAACGACGAACUCCGCCUCUUUGCCACAGGCGCCCUCUGCGACCUCCACGUCCUCUUCGCAACCCUUCGCGAAGCCGCCCAGCCCAAGAACCAAUCUUCUACCAACCCCUCCCUGCCCCCCAGGGAAUACCCCACCCUAGCCCAACUCUUCGACCCCAUCCCGCAAGCCCUCAUUCCCGAGCUAAUAGAGAUAUACUCCGCCGCCGAGCGCGCCUACGCCCGCGCCAUCGGGCGCGACCUGAACAAACCUUCCCCAGACGAACUCGCCCCCUCGGACCCCAACGCCCUGCCCUUAGGCGACGACGGCGCAGAGGUGGAAGUCAACCUCGAAGGCGAGGACGCUGAUCUCUCUGACGUGGACGAUCUUAAUCAGCUCACCCCGACAGAAAGGAAGGCAAGGGAGCUGAAGCUGGAACGGGCGCUGUGCGAGUUGGCGGGGAAGUAUGUGCUAGCUAUAUUGGCCGGGGUGUUGGAUAAUAAAGGGGGUAGGUUGAGGAGGAGGAUGCUGAGGAAUCGGAAUAAGCUGGGGGCGAAUUUGCGGGAGACGGUGGCAUUUUUGGAGAUGGAUGAGGGACGGUUGAGGGAGAGGGUUCUGGCGGGGGAGGGGAAGGGUAAGAAGGGGACGUCGGGGAAGAAGAGCGCGGGUAAGACCGCUGCGGGGAGCAGUAAACCUGCUGCUAGCGGGUCAAAGAAGGGCAAGGGCCCUCUUAGUGAAGAGAUCAUUAUCGAGGGUGACUCUAACUCUGAGCUGUCCGAGCUCUCUGAACCAGAGGACAUCGUCGAGGAUAUGGAUGACCCCCAGGAAGAAAGCUCAAGAAGGAGACAAGGCGACCUUGUUGACGACCCAAUCGAUGAAGAUGAAGAACAAGACGGAGGCGGAAGCAGCAAGAAGGAUAAGGGAAAGGGGAAAGAAAAGAUCGUGGACGCGGAUCGGAUGGAUGAGGAUAGCGUGUUGGGGGACUAA